GGUGGACGUGGACGCUGCUGCAAUGGCCGGAGUGGAGAGCUGGGUUCCGUCUCGGUGUCGGUCCAAAAUGGAGCAGCUGCAGGAGUUCGUCAGGGAGCGGCUGAGCGCCGCGGCGGAGGAGAUAUUCGGGGCGGUGGAGAGAACCUUCUUAGAGCUGGAGAAGGAGGCGCUGGGGUCCAUGGAAGCGGUCAGAACCGGAACCACCGAGCUGCUGCUGACGUCAGCAGAACCGCUGCCUGCUGGGAAGGAUGCAGCCUCUCCGGACCUCCGGGCGUCAGGGGAACCAGCCUCCACAGAACCAGAGCAGGUUCUGGUGAAGCCCAUCAAAGAUGAGUUUUGGGACGGUCCAGGAUUCUGGCCCGGUCCGGACCAGGCGACCCUGAUGGAGCAGUGGAACAGCGACUCCGUCUGUCUGAAGCUGGUGGAGGAGGGGACGACUCACACCUCCGCUGACCCGGAAGCAGAAUGUCUGGACCGGUCGGACUUCUGCCAGCCGGUGUCGUCUGAAGGCGAGCCGGAGGCCGAGGAACGCGCUGUGGGGGCCCGGAAGAGGCGGGCCCAGCGGAACGUCACGGCGUUCCACUGCGGGACGUGCGGAGAGUCGUUCCUCCGCAGGAGCUCCAUGGUAAUACACGCCAAGUCCCACGCUACGCCGUUUUCCCCGCUCUGUCCCUCGGAGCGUGCGGCGCCGGCGCCCACGGUGGACAACCUGUGCCAUGUCUGCGGGAAGACCUUCACCACGGCCACCCAUCUCAAACGGCACAUGCUGAUCCACACGGGCCAGAGGCCGCACCGCUGCAAGGAGUGCGGGAAGACGUUUGCCCGCGGCGAGUGUCUGAGGAUCCACAUGAGGAUCCACACGGUGGAGAGGCCGUACGCCUGCCAGCGCUGCCCCAAGAGCUUCAGGCAGAGGAGCAACCUGGUCACCCACAUGAGGAUGCACACGGGGGAGAAACCCUACCUCUGCAGCAUCUGCUCCCAGCCCUUCACCUACAAGAAGGACCUGAACAAACACACUCAGAGCCACAGCCUCAGCCCGGCGCCACUCUAACCAGACCGCGGCGGGCAGCGGCGCCCGCUGAGGUGCUCGGGAGGCCGGGUUUAUUGGCCGCCUGUCAGAAGGUUCUGGGUCCACAGGCCGAGCUGGACGGAGGCCCGAAGCUGGAUGUUUGUCCUGAUGGGAUUCCUUCCUGGCUUCAUCAGUCAGCAGCUAAUGCUAACGCUAGCUAUGUUUCUGUAGUCACCAAGUUCAGGAAAUGACAUCAUCACACUGAUGCUCUGGAUUCUAGAGAUUCUGGAGGAAGUUGUUGAACCUGUGGAUGAGGGCAGAGCUCAGAUUCACUCGUUUAUCCGUUGCUCUCCAGGCAGGAAGCCAUAAAUCCAGGACUAUUCCAGGACCGGGAGCUGAUUGGCUGACCCAGGCGUUUAAGCUAGCCACCGUAGCUAGCUCUGACAGCAGGCGGCGUGGAUGAGGCUUUAAUCUCAGAGACAGAAAUAUUCCACGUUAAUCUUAAACGAUUCACUUCUUCAAUGUUUAGACGUUUUCAUGUCUUCCACCGUGUCUCCUUCAUCACUUUUCCUCAUUAUUGCCUGUUUCUCUCCUUCAAUAAAACAGCUGUUUAACCUUUAAAGCAGCUUUAUAUGAAAUAUUUGAACCUAUUUUAACAACAGGUGACUCAGUUCAGAUGCAGAUGGUCUUUCUUCUGCAUCGUACGUCUUUCAAAGCUCACCGCUCAUCAAGCUUCAUGUUCAGAUUUAUCUCCUUUUUUCUACUUGACUUUCUACACAUCUUAAUAAAAAGAUUUUUAAAUAAAAUG